AUGGAUGUCAACGAUACCGACCCAGACCUACCAAGUCUCACGCAUAUAGCUGGUGAGGUUGUUCAUAUCACAGUGCUGACCGUGGGAUACACCAAUGUAGGUUCAUCGAGCGGUUUGCAGUACCAAUGUUGGGGCAGUGACCCAGAUACAGACGCUACACGAUCAUUUGGUCGAUCAGCACCCAUAACAACAGACAGAUCACCACCAGAAGAUGAGAGACACUCUAAACAUUACUUCGUCAGAGUGGUCAAAUUCCCUACAGGAGAUGGAUGGGAUAGUGAUGGUUACGGUCCUUUCUACUGUGAGGCUUCUAAACCUGAUCGAGAUGUUACAAGGGUUACUACAUUUUUCCAACGAGUUGAUGAUCAGCUUCCCAACCCAAUCCAGACAUCAGACCAAGGAAUCUAUGAGAUCUACUAUGAUAACGAGAGGGAUCAAAAUAGAGGAGGAUUAUACAAACUCAUCGUCAGAGAAUGCGCUGCUGGUAAGUGGGGUCCCCCUGAGUGUUAUGGUAUCUGUGAUAAAUGCUACAAUGGUGGAGUCUGUGAUGACAAGUCUGGUCUAUGUAUCUGUCCUAACAACUUCAAGGGACCGAAUUGUUUAGAAAUUUGUAGAAAUGAUGGUGGAAAUCGAUUUGGAUUGAACUGCGAGUUUCGAUGUACUAGAAACAAUGAUCCUGCCACAAAAUGUCAUGGGUAUCUUUUUUGCCUACCUGAUCCUUAUGGAUGUUCAUGUGACGUCGGUGCCCAUGGUCUUGGAUGUAACACACAAUGUACUAGUGGUACAUAUGGUCCAGGAUGUUCACAGACAUGUCACUGUGCAGGCGGUGGUUCAUCAUGUAACAUCUACAGUGGAAUAUGUACAGGUGGAUGUCAGACUGGCUGGUCUGGGGACAGUUGUCAAAUUCCAGAUGAAUGUGAAGCCGGUUACUAUGGAUCUCAAUGCACUGAUAAAUGUCAUUGCUUGAAUGAUGAACCAUGUGAGAAACAGACUGGAGAGUGCCCUGAGCAGAAGUGUGCUCUAGGCUACAAAGUACGCAGUACUGGCCAGGUCAUAUGUCAAGAGUGUGAAGGGAGAACCUUUGGUUUGGAUUGUCUUCAGCAAUGUCAUUGUGCUCAAGAGGCUUGCGAGACGGAGAGGGGUCUUUGCCAGGGAUUGAACCAUACUGCCUUCAAAGUAAUUAUACCUAGCAUAUAUUGUAUUCUGUUUUGUUCCCUUGUUCGGCGAUUAUUAAAAUGA